GGCACCAGACUCUGAAAACUGAAAGGAAGGACGCGAAGAAGCGGGCAGCAGCGGAUUCGUCACCGUCAGUGAGUGCUAAGACAAGAUGGUGGCCAACGGUGACGCACCCGCCAGAGGGAGUGCAGCAGCUGCUGCAAGCCUGCGCAGGCGCAGAACCACAAGCGGUGCUGGUGGUGGUGGAGGCGGUGCCAGCUCGAUGCUCCAGUUCUACACCGAUGAGGCUGCUGGUGCUAAGAUGUCCCCGAACACUGUUCUGAUCAUGAGCAUUGGGUUCAUUGCCGUUGUUGCUAUGCUGCAUGUGUUUGGGAAGCUGUACCGCACCACUAAUUAGUUUUUGUUACCAUACCCAAGAAAGCAUAGUCUACCAAGAGAGGAACCUUGUAGAGCAGUUUAAAUGGGUAGCAAAUGAAUAUCAGAUUCUGAAAAGAUUAUGCUGUUAUAGAAGUUCAUGCAACUUGCAAUGCUAAGCUGUUAUGGUUAAAUCAUCGCCAGUCUUGUUUCGUCA